GAUUCUAUAGGGGGCAGUAUUUACUGUACUGUCCGAACUACCACAAACAUGGUGUGAUGUAAGGCACCCCGACUGCACCAGAUCACCGUGGGAUAUGAGGCGUGUUUCUAGUGAACGACAUUGACAGUAGAGGUGGCACGUACCUGUCUGAUCCUCUUCGUCUGGGAAGCUGUUGGGAGACACGAUGUCCAGCCCUACUGGGACUGUGAAGGCAGAGGGCAUCAUGGUGCCUGACUCUGGCAGCACACCACCACAGGGCUGUCCGAUGCACAGUGAUGUUAAAAAAAAAUGCCCAGUGCUUCAGGGGUCUGUACCUAGCAAAGAUGAGCUGAAGACAGUGACGGAUAUACCUGCACAUCAGGACCGGGCUUAUGAAUUUGUAGAGUGUCCGAUGAGAGCUGCCAAUGGAGUCAAAACUGCAAUUUCUGACAUCAAUCCAGCAAAUAUGAUGCCACCACCUAACCAGCAGCCGUCACCUAGUCAACCAUUUCUCCUGUCUGUUGCAAGAGAAGAGUCUAUCAUCCCCCGUGCUGGAUCUGAGCAGAACUGGGUUUAUCCCUCAGAACAGAUGUUCUGGAAUGCCAUGCUGAGGAAAGGAUGGCGCUGGAACAAUGAUGAUGUCAACCAAAAAGAUAUGUCAAACAUCAUCAGGAUUCACAACCAGAAUAAUGAGCAAGCCUGGCAGGAAAUCCUCAGAUGGGAGAAGCUCCAUUCCAAAGACUGCCCAUGUGGACCUUCUCUUUUAAGGUUUGGUGGCAAAGCAAAAGACCUCUCACCCAGAGCUAGGUUUCAUCACUGGAUGGGGCAUGAACUACCGUUUGACAGGCAUGACUGGAUUAUUGACCGGUGUGGAAAAGAGGUCAGAUAUGUAAUAGACUACUACGAUGGAGGCCAGGUGUCCAAGCACACCAUCCUAGACGUACGUCCUGCCUUUGAUUCUUUAGAGGCUGUUUGGGACCGUAUGAAAGUGGCCUGGUGGCGCUGGACCUCCACGUGAAUCUCUCCCAUGAGUCUUUCAUGAUCAAUAGGAUAUACAGGAACUGACCUUCAGUGACAACUGUUAAGAAUAAUAUAGUGGCACUGUGUGAUCUAACAGAUGAAUAAUACAUUUUACUUUGUGUUAAACAAGAAGCAAACAUACGGUAUACAGAUGCGUUAACUACUAUGUUUUAUGCAGUGGAUUGUCAGAAUUAUUAGGGUGUCCUGGCAUGCAAUAAUGAAAUGUACAGUAUGAUUUUUAGAUCAGUUAUUAGCCAAUGUUGAUACAUCAACGCACAUUUGCUUUUCUGCUUUAUUUGAAAAUAUUCAGUGUUAACCAUCCACAUUGAUGGUGUGAUUAAUUAUAAUGAGCCUCAGCUAUUCAGUUUUGGUUAUAACAGAGAAUCCAAUGAUGGUGUGAAUAGUCUGUUGCAAACAUUUUCAGUUUCUCUUCAUUUACUGUUAUUUUAUUGCAUAGAUGUUUAUUUCUGCCAUAAAGUAAUUUGACAAAAUGUGUUUAAUAUUCA